UCCAGUGCAGUCUGCUAAUAGGGUGCAAGUCUGGAGGAGGGUGGUACUAAUUGCAGCACACAGGAAAGUGUAUGUCGGAGUUCCAUGUAGCAUCACUGCUUCCGGAGUCAGCUGCUGCAGAUUCUCAACGACACCAAAUAAUAUUAUUCUAGCUGGAGCUGCCUGCGGGUGAGAUUUCUCCUUUGCUUGAAUUUGAAAUCUAAACUCCAUGAGUGCGCAAAGAACAUCAAGGAGAAGAUGUGGGGAACACCACUCAGAACUUCAUUCAAGCUAUGAACAUGUUCCCAAACCUACGUGUGCUUUAAGCAAGCUUAUAGAAUUGCAGACUCCACCGUUAUCGCGACACCAGUUGAAAAAAUUAGAGGAGCAUCGUUACCAAAGCUGUGGAAAAUCACUUCUGGAACCAUUAAUGCAAGGAUUUUGGGAAUGGUUGGUAGGACAGGUCCCAUCAUGGAUUGCACCAAAUCUAAUCACCAUAAUAGGACUUUCAAUCAAUAUCUUUACAACAGUAGUUUUAGCAUGUUACUGCCCAACAGCAACGGAACAGGCUCCAACGUGGACAUAUAUCUCCUGUGCUGUCGGUUUGUUUGUUUACCAGUCCUUGGAUGCCAUUGAUGGGAAGCAAGCAAGGAGAACCAAUAGUAGCACACCCCUUGGAGAGCUUUUUGAUCAUGGAUGUGACUCUCUUUCAACAGUGUUCGUGGUUUUGGGAACUUGCAUUGCUGUGCAGCUUGGUACUCACCCAGACUGGAUGUUCUUCUGCUGCUUUGCAGCCAUGUUCAUGUUCUACUGUGCUCAUUGGCAAACAUAUGUGUCUGGAAUACUUCGUUUUGGGAUAUUUGAUGUGACUGAAGUACAGAUCUUCAUAAUAACCAUGCACUUAUUGGCUGUGAUCGGUGGACCAGAUUUGUGGCAAUCAAUGAUCCCAGUGCUGAAUGUCCAAGUGAAACUUGCUCCAGCUUUUUGUACUGUAGCUGGCACCAUAUUUUCAUCUAUCAAUUACUUCAGAGUUAUCUUUACAGGAGGAGUUGGAAAGAAUGGAUCAACAAUUGCAGGUACCAGUGUACUGUCUCCAAUGCUACAUAUUGGCAGUGUCAUUAUCCUAGCCACUAUGAUUCACAAGAAAUCUGCUAUACAGCUAUUUGAAAAGCACCCGUGCCUUUACAUUCUCGCAUUUGGAUUUGUUUCUGCAAAAGUGACAAACAAAUUAGUGGUUGCUCAUAUGACAAAAAGUGAAAUGCAUUUACAUGAUACAGCUUUUAUUGGACCUGCCCUGUUGUUUCUCAAUCAGUAUUUUAACAGCUUCAUUGACGAAUACAUUGUUUUGUGGCUUGCUUUGGUAUUGUCGCUAUUUGAUUUGAUACGGUACAGUGUCAGCAUCUGCAAUCAAAUAGCUUCUCAUCUUAACAUUGAAGUCUUCAAAAUAAAGCCAAGUGCCACACUUUCAAACCACCACUAAGUGACCUAGACAUCGACACAAAGAAAUGCAUGUUUCAUAGCAAACGAGAUGGCAAAAUCCAAAAUAACUAUUUUAGUGUGUUCGGAAUACUCUUUACAGUAGCACUUCAAGUUCUGAGUUUGUUUACGUGUGGAAUAAUAUUUUACCUUUAACAAAUUGGCAUAUAAUAAUUUUUAAAGAAUUCAAGCACGGCAGAAAUAUGUAUUUUUAUUAAUUUUGGAAAACAUUUAAACUUUAAAUAUGCAGUAUUUUAAAAGACAGCUUUAAAAAUCUUGCUUAAAGAUUAACAACUUGUAUAACAAUAAAUUAGUCCUCAUUGAGGUUAAUUUACAAAAAUUGCACUUAGUUGCAAAAUUUGCACUAAACCACAACAGUCAGUCAUUAAUCCACUAUUAUCCACUUAGUGCAAGUUCAGCAAUGAAAGCAAGAGAUAGAUUACCUCUAAAAGUAAAUUAACCCUAUUUUAUUAAAAUUUAGCUUCACUUACAGAGUAUAACUGCAGUCUUCUCACAUAUUAGCAACACCAUAGUGUCCUACAGCCCAGCCAUUUUAAAUAACUGCCAUUUCAGCUUUCAUAAUUGUAAAUAUGUUCUUUGGAAUGUAAAACAGAUUUUGGCACUGAAUUGUAUAGAUUAUAUAAAUUUCAACAAUCACUCCAUAUGAAACUUUUUAUUGUUAUAGUAGUCAAUAUCCUUUUAAUAUAACAUUAUCUACCCCCAAGAGGAAAUGCUCCUUACCUGAAGCUAGGCAUUGGAUCACACUGUAAGCAUAUGGACCUAGGGAAUUCAAUUAAUUGAGUUUCUUCAGUAAAGCUCAACUGAAUUAGACUGGGUGGAUUGCAAUUCAUGUAAUGAGGUGCAAUGGCAAAGCUAAGAUGAAAAGUAUACAUGGCAAUCCAGUUUCAGGUAAGGGGAUCACCAUUGAGAACACCAUAUUUGCUCCACAGGGAUGUGGAGGGAGAUUACUGUAUAUUAAGCAGACAACCCCUUCUAGAGGAAACUAAAGACAAUUCUAACAUUUUCAGAAACUACAAAGAAACUCGACUAUAUUAUGUUCUUCCGAAACAACGCUUAUCUUACUUUUGAGCAGGAUCAUCUACUUGAGAGCCCCUAGCCACCAGUAUCCUACAUCUUUGAGGCCUACUGUAAUAAACAUUGGCUCAUUCUGGGAGGCGAUGGAAUGACUGCUCUUGUUAUCUUUAAAUAUGCAAUCCCAAGAAUGAUUUCCAAGGCUCCAGCUGUACAUUAAAGAGGGUGCCAUAUUUUUUUUAAAUGCAGUUGAACCCAUCUUAUUUUAUUGGACACAGUUUUGCUUUCAUACAGUAUAUACAGUUUCUGGAAUAAAGAUGCCUGUACAUUUCCAACUCAUGAA